CUCUAGUAAUUCACACACCCACUACUUCGGCAGUGUUUUGAGUGUUUUGCUUACUUACCUCGGAUGUAAAAUACAGUUUUCCAGUGAAAAGAACGGUUUUUGUCGAUCACAAUGACCAGCAUAUCGAUGCAAGAUAUUGAAGCGGUGGACGACUACUGGGGACCCACCUUUCGCACCAUCCUGGAAGGCAAUUGCCACGAUCAGAUUGCGGAACAGCUUGAGACACGAAUUCGAUCCCACGAUAAGGAUAUCGAGCGGAUUUGCAACCUCUACUACCAGGGAUUUAUCGAUUCGAUAAGAGAACUUUUGCUGGUGAAAUCUCAGGCCCAAGGAUUGAACCAAGAAGUGCAGGCGCUAGAUCAGGGUUUGGCGAGCGCAUCCGCUGGUGUCAUUGCCAAAGGAAAUGACCUGGUUAAGGCGAGGAAGGUUGAGGGGAACAUUGCCGGUGCGAUCGAGGGUCUAUCCAGCUGUCUGCCAGUGUUGGAGUGCUACUCGAAGCUGUUGAAACAGGUGAAAGAAAAGCGUUAUUAUCCGGCACUGAAAACGCUGGAAGUGCUCGAGAAUGAAUAUCUGGCGAAAGUAUCCGGAUAUCGAUUCUCACAACAAAUGAGAGAGGCAAUUCCGAAGCUAAAAGAAAAUAUCAAGAAAUCAUCCGAAGAAGAUUUUCGUGAGUUUCUUGAAAAUAUUAGAAAGUUUUCCCCCAGAAUCGGAGAGAUUGCUAUGAAGCACACGAAAGAGCUCCAGAAACGUGAUUUAGACACGAUCAUAGCCGAGUACAAGCAAAUUGCAUUGAAUGGGGAAUGCAUUGACGAUGAGGAAGAUGUCAAUGCCCAGGAUUUAAUAGACUUUUCCCCAAUUUAUCGAUGUCUGCAUAUCUACACCGUUCUGAAUGAUAAGGAAUAUUUUGAGAAGGAUUACCGCAAGCAAAGAAGGGAUCAAGCGAAACUUGUUCUACAAGCCCCACAAACAAUGCACGAUAAUCUCGAGGCCUAUAAAACGUAUAUUUAUUCUAUUGUUGGAUUUUUUGUGGUCGAAGACCACGUUAUGAAUACUGGGGGUGAAAUUGUUACCCAAACAUACUUGGAUGACCUCUGGUCUUCAUCAUUGACUAGAGCUGUGAACGUGCUCAGCAUGUCCUCUUCUUCCUGUACGGACCCUAACAUUCUCCUGCGCAUCAAAAAUCUGAUAAUGCUUAGCAUCACAACUCUCAAAAACUACGGUUAUACCGUCUCCCAGCUGUGGGACCUGCUGCUAGAAAUGCGCGACCACUACAACGAAGUUCUGCUCCAGCGUUGGGUCAACGAGUUCCGCGACAUCCUCGAUAGAAGUGACUUCCUACCGUUGGAAGCGUGCACACAGGAAGAAUACGAUGCCGUGCUGGAGCGCUUCCCCUUCCACUCGGAACAGCUGGAAGCGCAAGAUUUUCCGAAAAAGUUUCCCUUCUCUCGGAUGGUCCCGGAGGUGUACCACCAGGCGAUGGAAUUUAUGUACGCUUGUAUGAAAUUUUCCGAAGAGCUGACGCUUUCGCCGAACGAAAUUGCCGCGAUGGUGCGAAAGGCGGCAAACCUGUUGCUGACACGUAGUUUCAGUGGGUGCCUUUCGGCGGUGUUCCGCAGCCCAAGUCUUGCACUAAUGCAGGUCAUUCAAAUCAUCAUCGACACCCAGUACCUGGAGAAGGCGGGACCCUUUCUGGAUAGCUUCGUAUGCAAGAUGACAGGAACGAGCCAGAGCAUGACCCAAACGCCGUCGGCGAUGUUUCAGGUCGCUCGCUCCGAAGCCGAACAGCAGGUGUCCACCAAGCUGUGCUCGAAGCUGGACGAGUUCUUCGAGGAGCUGGAGGGCUACGAUUGGCUGCUGCCGGAAAGCUACGGCCAUGCGUCACCCUUCGUUACCGACAUGAUUGCAUUCCUGCAGAGCACAUUCCAGAGCUUUUCGUACAUUCUGCCCGGUGUGGCACAAGCUGCCUGUCGGAAAGCGUGUGAACAUGUCGCCACCCGGAUCUACAAGCUGAUACUGUCCGAUGAGAUCAAACAAAUUUCCGGCGGAGCGCUAGACCAAAUCAAUCUGGAUCUGAUGCAGUUCGAGCUGUUCUCGGCUUCGGAUCCGGUGCCGGGCUUGAGGGAAGGCGAUCUUUCCAAGUAUUUCGCCGAGAUCCGUCAACUGCUGGAUUUGCUAAUAUCGGAGGAUUGGAGUGCUUAUUUGCAUGAUUUUGGGAAGGAUGAGAAUCGUUACUCAUUGGUGAAUCCUUCGACGAUUAUUGUGGUGCUGGAGAAACUUCGCGAGGCGGACAAAAAAUCAAUGCUUUCGCUGAUGAAAUCGAAAUCAGAAAGAGACAAGAAAAAGUUGCUCGAGACGGUGCUUCGGCAGUUGAAGCAAUUAGCUGAAAGACAGAGUUGAGCGAAACAACAAUAGUUACUGGAUUUGAACGUUUAUUUAUGAAUACAUAUUAAUAAAGUGAUCCAUAAGUUAGGCGUCUAGAUUAACC